UUCUCGCAGUAUAUAAUGCAACUUCAAUGCUAAUGCCUGAAAAGUACCGUUUACAUCCCCCGCGCAAAUAGAUUGAGGAGGAGUUUUGCAGUCUGGCGGGAGAAGACAACUUGCGCGUAUUCCUGCAAGCAAGUUUCAAAGGAUUUAUAACGUAAGCGCCUGCAUGACAACUGCGGGGUGCGUAGUUUACGUACUAUCAAACCAUUAGGAUUGUUUGUGUGUGUUGACUGCCUGUGUAAAGGAUGGCGGCGGCAGGAGCAGCUCCGGCAGGUCCGGUCGAGUCAGAGCUGGACCGGAGUGGGACAGAAGAAGACCCCAGAGAAGCGGUGUCGGAAGAGGAAGGUUGUCCGCAGCAACAGGCCGGGGCUCCGAGCUCGGCCUCCCACAACCGCCUGGCGAAGCUGCCGCUGUCUCGGAUAAAGACACUGAUGAAGGCCGAUCCAGAUGUGACGCUGGCGAGUCAGGAUUCAGUGUUUAUCAUUGCUAAAGCUACAGAGUUGUUUGUUGAAACAAUAGCCAAGGAUGCUCUUGUUUAUGCUCAGCAAGGCAAGAGGAAGACCCUGCAAAGGAAAGAUCUAGAUAAUGCAAUUGACGCUAUUGACGAGUUUGCCUUUCUUGAAGGCACUUUGGACUGAAGUUUGGAAAACAAUUCACAAAGAAUGAUGCGACUUUACCCCGAAGGAACCGUGGAAUACAUUUGCAAGUAGUUCAUUUUUAUAGUUUUGUACAAAGAAGGUUUUCUAUGUAAAAUGCUUUGUUUUGUGUGUAUAUAUAUCCCGAAGUGAUUGUUUUUAUAAACUUAUGAUUUAUAAAGCACUCUUCCAGAUUACAAACUAGUCGUCCGCCAGUAUUGCACAUGUUCAGUUUUCUGACCAAAAUCAUUAUUUGCAGCAUGAGGAAAUCCUUCAUUCAUCUUCCCUGCUCAGCCCAUAAAGACUUCUUUUGCAAAGUGCCUUCACUGCUGUAUGUAGCUGACCCACCACAUCAACAUGACCGUUGCUCUCAGCUACUGGAAGUGUGUAAAUGUCCACUCUUGUGUAAUAAAACUGAUAUUUUGUUUUAAAUAUUGUAA